AUGAGACUUUGGGUUGUGGCACUUUUAACGAUUCUCGUACAUUCCACAGCAGCUAAGUUUAGCAAAUCAUCCUGGGGCCUGGAAAAUGAGGCUUUAAUUGUGAGAUGUCCUAGGCAAGGAAAGUCUCGAUACCCUGUGGAUUGGUAUUACUCAAAAACCAACAAAAGUAUAACCACCCAGAAAAGAAAUCGUGUAUUGGCCUCGGGGGAACGUCUUAAGCUUCUCCCGGCCAAAGUCAAUGAUUCUGGAAUUUAUACUUGCAUUAUCAGAAGUCCUACCUUCAAUAAGAUUGGAUACGUAAACGUCACCAUAUAUAAAAAAAAACCAGAAUGCAAUAUUCCAGAUCAUCUGAUAUAUUCAACAACAUCUGGAUCAGAAAAAAAUUCCAAAAUAUAUUGUCCUACAAUUGACCUCUACAACUGGACAACACCUGUUGAGUGGUUUAAGAAUUGUAAAGCUCUUCACGGGCCAAGGUAUCAUAUACAGAAGACCUUUGUGCUGAUUGACAAUGCAACUAGCAAGGACACAGGUGAUUAUACAUGCAAAUUUAUGCACAAUGAAAAUGGACUCAGUUACAGCGUGACGGCAACCAGAUCAUUCGUCAUGAAAGAGGAGGAAAGCUUUUCUUGGUUUCCAGUAAUUAUAGCCCCUCCGCAAAAUGAAACAAAAGAAGUGGAAAUUGGAAAACGAGCAAACAUACUCUGCUCUGCUUGUUUUGGGAAAGGCUCUCGGUUCAUGGCUGGCGUCCGGUGGAAGGUGAAUGGAACCACAGUUAAGAACUUUGGUGAAGCAAGAAUUCAAGAGGAACAGGAGCAAAAUCAAAGUUUUAGCAAUGAGCUGACUUGUCAGAACACCAUUUUAAGAAUAGAUGAUGUGAGAGAGGAGGAUUUGUUGCUGCAGUAUGAAUGUCUGGCUCAGAGUUUGCAUGGUUCGAUACGGCACACCGUAAGACUAAAGAGGAGAAGUCCAAAUGACCAGCAAAGCACCUACUACAUACUGGCGGGAUUUAGCACCUUGUUAAUGCUAAUCAAUGUCAUGGUGAUAACCCUGAAAGUGUUCUGGAUUGAGGUUAUUCUGCUCUGGAGAGAAAUAGCUAGAUCUUACAAAACUAGGAAUGAUGGAAAGAUCUACGAUGCUUAUGUCAUCUAUCCACGGAACUAUAAAAAUAAUCCCGAGAGGGCCAGUGCCGUGGGGCACUUUGUUCACCAGAUUCUGCCUGACGUUCUUGAAAAUAAAUGUGGUUAUAACUUAUGCAUUUAUGGGAGAGAUCUGCUACCUGGAGAAGAUGCAGCCACUGCAGUGGAAAGCAACAUACGAAAGAGUCGGCGGCAGAUUUUUAUCCUGACUCCUGAGAUGGUGCAAAGCAGGGAGUUUGCCUACGAGCAGGAGAUUGCCUUGCACAGCGCCCUCAUCCAGAAUGACUCCAAGGUGAUUCUUAUAGAAUUGGAGGCUCUGAGCAAGCCCGGUGGACUGCAGUUUGGGGAACUUCAAGAUUCCCUCAAGCAUCUCAUGGAAGUGCAAGGUACCAUCAAGUGGAGGGAAGACCACGUGGCCAACAGACGGUCCCCGAAUUCCAAAUUCUGGAAGCACGUGAGGUACCACAUGCCUGUGCCAUACAAACCGCCAGAGAAGAUACCCAGUUUGGCUUCCCUGAGUGCCCAGGGGCAGUAA